GAGCAAACUACAUAAAGAGCAAUGCACUCAUCCAUGUUGAUCUGGUUCAAACACAUUUACACUGAGGACAGACAGGUGAGGAUGGGUGACCUUGUGAUUUUGUUGCUCACACUUUUUCCUGGGCUGUGCAUUGCUGAUUUGACAGAGAAUAUCGCUGUUGGAGCUGAAGCUGUCCAGUCUUCCACAUACAAUCAUUUAGGAGCUGCUCAAAAUGCUGUUGAUGGCAAUAGUGAGUCAAAUUACAUGCUCGGGUCCUGCACUCACACUGCAGGGGACGAUCCCUGGUGGAGAGUUGACUUGAGGAAAGUGCACACGGUAACCAGUGUUAGUAUCACUAAUCGAGGAGACUGUUGUGAAGAGAGGAUAGUUGGUGCUCAGAUCCGUAUCGGCAACAGCCUGGAAAAUAAUGGCAACAGCAAUGAUCUGGCUGCAACUGUUGGGUUCAUCCAAUCUGGAGGCACAAAAACCUUUGAUUUUAAGCCUGUUAAGGGGAGAUUUGUCAACAUUUUUCUGCCUGGGCACGGGAAAUACCUCACUUUGUGUGAAGUAAAGGUAUUUUCAGUAAAGGAGACAUCAGAGUGCUCUUGUGAUUCAAAGAAUCUCGCUGUUGGAGCUGAAGCUGUCCAGUCUUCCACAUACAAUCAUUUAGGAGCUGCUCAAAAUGCUGUUGAUGGCAAUAGUGAGUCAAAUUACAUGCUCGGGUCCUGCACUCACACUGCAGGGGACGAUCCCUGGUGGAGAGUUGACUUGAGGAAAGUGCACACGGUAACCAGUGUUAGUAUCACUAAUCGAGGAGACUGUUGUGAAGAGAGGAUAGUUGGUGCUCAGAUCCGUAUCGGCAACAGCCUGGAAAAUAAUGGCAACAGCAAUGAUCUGGUUACAACUAUUGGGUUCAUCCCAUCUGGAGGCACAAACACAUUUGAUUUUAAGCCUGUUAAGGGGAGAUAUGUCAACAUUUUUCUACCUGGGACCAAUAAAUACCUCACUCUGUGUGAAGUCGAGGUGUUUGCAGAUUAAGUGCAACAAGAUGAAGUUACACCUCAGUCCACUCAUCCCUGAAGCAAAAAAAAAAAUGGGACAAGCAUUUCUAAGAUGCACUAAUAUCGCUCUUAUUUCAUUCUUCUACUUUUUAAAAGCAUAUUUUAUCCUUAAGAGCUGUUUCAAUGCAACUUAUAGUAAAGGUUUUUAAAAUGCCUUGAGAAAAUGUGCUGUAUGCGAAAAAUGUUACACUAUGUUGAGUCACUAAAAAUGUUUUUACAUGCGGUCUUUUGGAUAAACUGCCUAGACUAGUCUUAAAAAUGUUGUCAUCUAAUUUGUUUUCUUAAAGACUGGACUGGUUUACUUUUUAAAGUAAAUUACAAAACGGUAGAUUGGCCCAAUUUGAAUCAUAAAAGUAAAACUAAUUAGCUCUUGGCUAACUGCUAGUUGGUCAAACUAGUUCUUAAGACACAGUCUUAACGGCUAUGUUUAUGCAACUGACCAAUGGCUUUAAGGAACUGGUGAUUUAGAAUAACUGUUAUCCAUUAUACUUUUGUUAGGCUACUUGUUGCAGAUUAAUACCCUAAACACAUCUAAUCUUUAUUUAUCUUUGCUUUCUACAUGAAUAAUAAAGAAUGGC